GUUUUUUUGUCUAAUAGUUCAGUCUUUUCUGUGUUUCUACUAUUAGGUCUCUUGUCUAGGUACAGGUGCUGUUUCUCCUCAGAGGAUCUUUCUGGUGUGCCCUUGUCUUUGUAUGUGUAUGCUUCUGAGACUGAAAGUUGGUGCACUUAGAAAUUCUGAAAUGUUAUUGUGUUUGGGUCUACUUAUCAGGUUUUUUGUGUAGAGAUUCUGUUUUCCCCGCUUUGCUAAUAUUUCACUUUUCUGAGUUAAUGUUUUCUGAAAAGAUUAGUUUCUUCGAUAUCAUAGAUGAAUUUUGGUCCCCAGAACUAUGGAAUCAAGAGAUUUGACUGCUAGUACUUGUUGGUCCUUUAUUUACCUCAAUAGUUUUUAAGGCCGGUAUGGAUUAUAGCUUGUUUCUUAACGUCAGGGGAACUUCUGUACUUUGUUCAGUAAUCGUUUGUUAUGGUUAGAAUACUCAAAGGAGUGUUAAACCUUAUUGCUUUGUUUAUUGUUGUUGCAAUUUCCAUUGCUUUUUCAAGAUAGGUACCUGCUAACUCCCACUAGUAUAGUUACCGGGUAGCUCCAUCCACCAAGCCUAAGCAAAUCGGAAAAAGAAUCACCAAGUGUUUUUUUCUCUCCCAGGAUUGAACCCUAGUCUCCAAGUGGAUUGUCCCUCUUCAUACGGACAGAGAAGGUAAUGUGUUGGGAAAUAAGACAUAUACUUGGAUAACUAAACUAGCUGCAAGGGAUGGGUGGUUGUUGUUGCUCUUCAAGGAAGCCUCCCCAGCUUCAUGGGACACCAGUAUUUUACUAUUUUCCACCAGCUUCUGAAGAGUACGAGUCCCUGACAUCUGAUGAUAGUGCUGCUAUUGCAUUUACCUCUGACCUCCAGGAUGAUUUUAACCUAGAUAGAUCAACACCGGACACUUACCGAUCUCCUCCUGCACCAAUUCCAUUUGAAGUAGUUUUGGGGCAUCCACAGUCAAGAGGUUCCCAGUUCACAGAUGAAACAGUAAUUCAACAUAGCUAUGAGAUAACUACUUGUAAAGAUAUUAAAUUAUCUGAUCGCAAAGCUGAAACGAAGUCUCUUCUUGCCUCCCUAAAGAAAACAGGGAUUGACCUUGUAAAAGCUAAUCCACCUAUUAUUAAAUCAGCAGAAGAAGAGGAUGUUUGUCCUACUUGCCUUGAAGAAUAUGAUUCCGACAAUCCAAGAAUAGUCUCAAAAUGUAACCACCAUUUUCAUCUUUCAUGCAUCCUUGAGUGGAUGGAAAGAAGUCGAACAUGCCCAAUAUGCAAUCAGGAAAUGAUAUAUGAAGCUUUAUGAAACUUUUCUAAUCAAAAAUUCCUUAGCUGGUUGUUGUCCGCACCUGCCUAUACAAGCAGUACAACCACAUGAAGCUGUUAUUUUCACUUGGUGGCUUGGCCUGUAUUCACUUCUUCGCUCAUAAAAGUGUAAAUUCUUCUAUGUAUAUGAAGCUUAUGUUAGUAAAUCCCACCCUCGAUGAAGAUGCGAGCUGCAUAUAUGCUGAAGGGUAAUUUGCAGCCGAAGAACAAAAAGAAGCUGUAGUUUUUCAUUGGAUGUCCGGAAGAUUAAAUUCUGAAAACGCGUGUUUUUGGUCAUGCUUCUUCUGAGUUCCAAGUGUUGUACAAUGAACUCUUUUUGUUGUUGUAAUUUUAUGUUCGAUUGCUGUACAGAUUCUUCUUCUGUCAAAGAUUAUGUCAAUGGCAUAGUCCGCAAGUUUUAUGGGCUCA